GUCGUUGCGCGUCGCUGGUCGCUCUCUCGGCGAGAGGUUUUACGCGCGGGGAAACGUUUCGCCGAGCCACACUCCGGGGACGACGGGACGGGACGCACCGUGCCGCAAAGUAGUUGUCAAAAUGGCGGCGUGCGAGGGUUCCGCCAGCGUGAAUCCGAAUUGCGAGGUGGUGCGCGGGCAAACGUUCGAGGUCGGGCCGCGCUACACGAAUCUAUCAUAUAUGGGCGAGGGCGCCUACGGCAUGGUCGUGUCCGCCUACGACAACCUCACCAAAACGAAAGUAGCCAUAAAAAAGAUAUCGCCUUUUGAACAUCAAACGUAUAGUCAGAGAACCUUAAGGGAAAUAAAAAUUCUUACAAGGUUUAAGCACGAGAAUAUAAUAGAUAUAAGGGAUAUAUUAAGAGCGCCAACUAUGGAGCAAAUGAAAGACGUAUAUAUCGUUCAAUGUCUGAUGGAAACUGAUCUCUAUAAAUUACUAAAGACACAAGCUAUUAGUAACGAUCACAUAUGUUAUUUUCUGUACCAAAUAUUGCGGGGGUUGAAGUAUAUACACUCGGCGAACGUGUUACAUAGAGAUCUGAAGCCGAGUAAUCUGCUAUUGAAUACCACCUGUGACCUUAAGAUUUGCGAUUUCGGUCUAGCGAGAGUCGCGGAUCCGGAGCACAAUCACGCGGGUUUCCUCACGGAAUACGUGGCCACGAGGUGGUACAGAGCUCCAGAAAUUAUGCUUAAUUCCAAGGGUUAUACCAAAUCCAUAGACAUUUGGUCGGUAGGCUGUAUCCUGGCGGAGAUGCUCUCGAGACGAGCGAUAUUCCCCGGCAAACACUAUCUAGAUCAGUUGAAUCAUAUUCUCGGUGUUCUCGGAUCGCCUUCGCCAGAAGAUCUCGAGUGCAUCAUAAACGAGAAAGCACGGAAUUAUCUCCAAUCGUUGCCAUAUAAACCAAAGGUACCGUGGACGAGUCUUUUCCCCAAUGCCGAUCCAAAAGCCUUGGACCUCCUAGAUAAAAUGUUGACGUUCAAUCCUAAUAAGCGCAUUGUGGUGGAAGACGCAUUAGCACAUCCCUACUUGGAGCAAUAUUAUGACCCUGCCGAUGAACCUGUAGCGGAGGAGCCGUUUAGGUUCGACAUGGAGUUGGAUGAUCUUCCAAAAGAAGUGUUAAAACAAUAUAUUUUUGAGGAGACUCUAUUGUUCCAAGAAAACCAUCAAGAGAACGCUAUGUAGUCGACUGGCAUACUGUUGCCAGAAUCGCAAUAGUGGAUACGCGUGAUGAACUGAAAAAAGAAUAGGAUGGAACGGAUAACGAACAAUAACGGGAUUGGUAUGAAGAAAUCGUACUUUUAACAAUCAUCGCCACUUCAUCGCCGCUCGAAUUGCCGAUGAUACAAAAAUACUAGGAUAUUGAUGAAAGAUUGAGUUCAGCGAUCAACGAACGAUUAAUCGAGCCGAUUAAUCGGGUGAGUGAAACAGUCGCAAUGCCGCGUAUACGCUUGUACAUUCGCAUGUCCUUACUCGAAGAAAGCAAAUAUAGUGUUUCUUAUGUUAUACCGAACAUAGCAUAAUAUCAAUUGGUACAACAUGUAUUUUUAAUUUAUCAUUGUCGUACCGUAUCGUACCAUACCGUCUGUCUGUGAUUUAAUUGCGAGCGUGACGAGGCGUGACACGCGAAACACUUUUAUCUUCCUUUCAUUAUUUUUUUCUCGAAUUAUUUCUUUUACCUUCUGAAAGUGAAAUGGCUGAGAUUACAACGCGUACGAUUGUAUGGUGUAACUAAGGCAAUAUAUUCGGCUUAU